AUGGGCUGGGUACACAAUGCCUCGCCCGAGGUGGAAGCUGCAUCGCAGUACCGGCUCAUCCUGGGCGUAUGUUUGAGUCUUACUAUCUUAAUGGUUAUCACAGUUUCCGUGCGGCUUUUCCUCCGAGCGCGAGCCAGUCGAUGGGCAGCAGCAGACUAUGUGAUGGUGGCUAGUAUGAUAUUUAGUGUUAUAUACAGUGCACUCUGCAUUUCUCGUAGGCACCGCUCGCUCUUUGUCGCCGUAUGGAACUUACUCACAGUCACAGAAAGUCGAUAUGGAUUAGGACUGCCAUUAAAGCUACGACCCCCACCGAACUAUUCCACGUAUACUAAGAUCAACUACGCAGGACGACCUUUCUACCAGAUUGGCAUCGCAGGUUUCAAGGCUUCGCUCUGCCUUAGCUACCUGCGACUAAUUUCUGGAACCUCGAAGCGUCUUUAUCGAACUGUGAUCUGGGUUGUGAUUGCCGCGUCUACGUUGGGUCAUAUAGCUGGUGCUUUGAGCCUACUCUUCAAUUGCACACCGGUUCGACGAUCAUGGAACCCCCAUGUACCAGGCACAUGUCUUCCGGUGGGAGGACUGUUCUACGGUCUCGCGAUUUAUACCAUCAUCACGGACGUGACCAUUAUCGUGCUUCCCAUUCCAUUGCUCCUUGGUCUCAACAUAAAAACCGCACAGAAGGCUGGUGUUGUAUGCCUUUUCCUACUCGGCCUCUUCACCACCAUCUGUUCCAUCAUGCGGCUAACCCAGAUCCAACGUGUGGCAUUCGGAGAUGGAAACUCGACAAUGCUCGUGUUAUGGGGAACGAUUGAAUUCAACGUGGGCAACAUUGUCACUUGCAUUCCAUAUCUGGCACCUUUAUUCAAGGGCUUCGUGCGAGGACUCGGCUCGACGAGUGACAGAAAGAACUAUUACUAUGACAGUCAAGGCAGAAGCUACAUGAUGGAUACUUGGUCGAAAGACCGGUCGCACAUGCAGUCCACUGCUUCCGCGCGUACACAGCCCAAACGAACGCCAAGCGAGGAGCUCAUUUUGUCCAGUCGGGAGCCUGAGCAUGGGGGUAUUGAGAAGACGAUAGAGUAUCGAGUGUCUUCGGAAGGCAGGCCAACCAACUAG